GCAGCAACUUCGCACUCAGCGCCGCUUCAAUCGGCAAGUCGAGAGCUGCUGCUUCUUUGCCUUACUUGGCGGGACUAAACCAAUAUGUGCAUGUGCAGGAAGAAAAGGAGGAAAAGCUCUCCGAGGCGACAGUGUCUCGGUACGGCUGCGUGGUGGUUUGCGGGGGUUUGCUGGACGAGCUGCUGCGGCUAAACGCCCUCUGCAGGCAGCUGAGGGUUUGCUUCCUUUGCUGCUGCAGCGCGGGACUUUGCAUGCAACUUUUCGCAGACUUCGGCAGCAAAUUCGAAGUCUCCGACCCCACAGGAGAAGAGCCGCGGGAAGCCCUGGUUGCUGCAGUGAGCAGCAGCAGCAGAGCUGAGGAGCCGCAGCUAAUUAGCUGCCGCAGCCUGCAGCAGAGCCUGCGCCGGCCCGCGCCGCUGCUGCUGCAGCAGCAGCAGCAGCAGCAGCAGCAGCAGCAGCAGCAGCAGCUGCUCGUCGCGGACCUCGCCAAACUCGACGGCGCCAACCAACUCCACUUCGCCUUCGUCGCGCUGCUGCUGCUGCUGCAGGAGCGCAGCGGCAAAGAGCCCCCCCAUCCAGUGCUUUAUUCCCCAACUGCUGCAGCACGAAACCCUGCUGCUGCUGCUGCUGCGAAGCAGGAAGCAGACGCCUGCGUCCACCGCGCCAUCCAGCUCGCCCGCCAGUUCCUCCAGGAAUGCAGGGACCUCCAAGCCAGCAGCAGCAGCAGCAGCAGCAGCAGCAGCAGCAGCAGCAGCAGCAGCAGCAGCAGCAGCGGCGAAGAAGGAGACCCGCAGCAGCAGCACAACGACCAGCAGCAGCAGCAGCAGCAGCAGCAGCAGCAGCAGCGGGAGGGGGAGGGCGGCGAGGGCGUGGUGGUUGUGGAGCAGCUGGACGAGCAGCUAAUUGAACAUGUGGUCCGCUGCUGCUGCUGCUGCUUGUCUCCAGUUGCUUCUUUUUGUGGCGGAGUUUUGGCGCAAGAAGUUUUGAAAGUUACGGGAAAGUUUAUGCCAUUAAGAGGCUUUUUGUAUGUGGAUGCUAUGGAGGCUUUGCCGCUGCCGGAGUUUGCUGCUGCAGCGCCGCAGCAGCAGCACGCCGCUGCAGCAGCAGCAGCAGCAGCAGCAGCAGCGCAGCACGCCGACCUCCUCGACUGGCCUGCAGCAGACCAAGUCGGAGUCUUCGGGGAGCUGCUGCAGCACAAACUGCAGCAGCUAAAAGUCUUCAUUGUUGGCGCGGGGGCUUUGGGCUGCGAGCUGCUCAAGUUGGUGGCUUUGAUGGGAGUUGGGGCGGAGCAGCAGCAGCAGCAGCAGCAGCAGCAGCAGCAGCAGCAGCAGCAGCAACCUGCUGCUGCUGCUGCUGCUGCUGCUGCUGCGGCUGCGGGCGGCGGCGCGGCAGCGGCGGACGGGCAGGACCCCGCGGCAGCGGGCGACAAGGACGCCGCAGCAGCAGCAGCAGCAGCAGCAGCAGCAACAGCAGCAGCAGCAGCAGCAGCAGCAGCAAAGCGCGGCUGCGUCACCAUCACUGACCAAGACAGAAUUGAAAUUUCAAAUUUAAAUCGACAAUUUCUUUUCCGAAGAGAACAUGUGGGAAUGUCCAAAAGCAGCUGCGCAGCAAAAGCUGCCAGAAUCAUGAACCCCAAGAUUAAUGCCCGGCAGUACGUGGAUUCUCGCUGCGUGACUUUCACCAAACCCUUACUCGAGAGCGGCACUUUGGGCACCAAAGGCAAUGUCCAGGUUUGUCUUUUUAUUUUUAAUUAA